AUGCCGUCGAAAUCGCAACGAAAGAACAAUAGCGGCGCCGCGGCGGCGGCCGCCAACGGGGGCAUCGGGCGGCUCCUCGCGAUCCUGGGCCUCUUGACGGCGCUGCUGGCCUCGGUCGUGUACGUGGCGGAGCAGAACCUGGACAAGUUUUACGUGUUUGAGCUGGACCACCUGCAGGACCUGGCCAAGCGCAGCGUCGACCAGCACGGCAACGACACGCGCGGGGCGGUGCGGUACAUUGUCGACGAGCUGAGCGCCAAGCUGCCGGCGCACGUCAACGUCGAGGAGGAUUGGGUGUUUAACAAUGCGGGCGGUGCGAUGGGGGCCAUGUAUAUUAUCCAUGCCAGCAUCACCGAGUAUUUGAUUAUUUUCGGCACGGCGGUCGGCACCGAGGGCCACACGGGCCGACACACGGCCGACGACUACUUCCACAUCCUCAGCGGCACGCAAAUGGCGUACGUGCCGGGCGAGUACGAGCCCGAGGUGUACCCGGCGGGCAGCGUGCACCACCUGCGCCGCGGCGAGGUCAAGCAGUACAAGAUGCCCGAGAGCUGCUUCGCGAUGGAGUAUGCGCGCGGCUGGAUCCCGCCGAUGCUGUUCUUUGGCUUCGCCGACGGGCUGUCGAGCACGCUCGACUUUCCGACGCUGUGGAAGACGACGUACAUUACGGGCAAGCUGAUGAUUGGGCAGCUGUUGCGCGCCAAGUUCUAA